AUGGAAAGCGUAGAAGCAACGGUAAGACCGUCGAUAGUUCCAUUUCAUCAUCGAAUAGCAGUUGCAUCCGUCUUGGUCAUGGCAUCAGUUAUUGGUCUCUUCGGCAACUUCCUCGUCAUCAUCUCCGUCAUCGUCACAAAGAAGCUUCGUACGAUCACCAACAUCCUGGUGGUCAAUCUCGCCUUCACUGACGUGCUAACGUGCGCCUGUCUACCUUUCCAGGUGGUCGGUCUCCUCAGCCGAACUAGAGCGUAUCCUCUCCCUGAGAUCGUCUGCGAUGUGGUUGCUGGAGUCGUAACCACCUCAGUUUUUGGCAGCGUGUGUAAUCUAGUUGCAAUAGCAUUCGUACGGUGGUACGUCAUCACCAAGUCUAUCCGUGGACAUCAAGGUCUCCAUACCCCUAAGAAAGUCUUCACAUUGGCUGUGAUUAUAUGGGUGUUUUCUACAUCAGCAAUGGUCGUACCACCUGUUCUUGGCAUCGGGGCACUCGGCUACUCCGAAUAUUACGCUACAUACAUUGGGAAUAAAGGAUUUCAAUGGAACCACAAUGUGAACAUUUUUAUUAUUUGA